AUGGCAGCAAUGACAGAUGUUACAGACCCUACCUCCGUUGCUAUGGAGUUGGGUAGCGAAAAAAUCACAAUUUUGCCUGGCCAUUCUGCAGAUUUUACGUCUGUCACAUUCCAAAUUUUAAAAGAAGAUCAUACUUUGGGAAACUCCCUUCGUUAUAUGAUCAUGAAAAAUCCUGAGGUCGAAUUCUGUGGUUAUUCGAUCCCUCAUCCCUCAGAAGCCAAGAUGAAUCUUCGAAUCCAGACACUUCCCAGCACAACGGCAGUUGAAGCACUCAAGAAGGGAUUGGAUGAUUUGAUGGAUCUUUGCGAUGUUGUUACAGACUCUUUCAAUAAGGAGCUUCAGAACAAGGAUCAAUCUAUGCAGAUUGACGCUUAA